AUGAGUUUCGGAGUAAGAAUCGGGUUGGCCCUCCUGGGCCUUAUCCUAGCCCAAGCAGCUCUGGGCCUUGCAGACCACGACCCACGGCCCAGCAAGAGCCCGAUAGAGCACCUGCGCGAGUGCACCAAAUCGUGUGACAGGCAGCGCCAGUCUCCCGAACGGCAACAGGUCUGCAAGCAACGGUGCCAGGAGGAGUACGAAAGGGAAAAGGAGAGGUACGAAGAGGAUAUCAUGACACGUGGCGAAAAGGAAAAGGAAAGUAGUAAUAGUCCGUACGUUUUCGAGGACAGUCACUUUAUGACAGGGAUGAAGACACAGCACGGCCAGGUUCGGAUCCUCCAGAGGUUCACGGACCGGUCGGAUUUGCUCCGAGGGAUCGAGAAUUACCGGGUCACGGGAAUAGUGAGUAUAUUGAGACAAGACAGGAGGGAGAGCUUCAAUAUCAAACAAGGAGAUAUAUUCAGGAUAAACUCUGGUACAACAACUUACCUCAUCAACAGUGAUAAAAACCAGAAGCUUAUCCUGGCUAAGCUUCUCCAGCCGGUCAACACCCCCGGACAAUUCCAGACAUUUUUCGGAGCCGGAGGAGAGAAUCCCGAAUCCUUCUUCAAAGCCUUCAGCAAGGAGAUACUUGAAGCUGCCUUCAACACAAGGAGUGAUAGGUUGCAGAGGAUCUUCGGACAACAGAAGCAAGGUGCAAUAAUGAAGGCCUCGGACGAGCAAAUCAGGUCCAUGAGCCACCAUGAAGAAGGCAGUGUUUGGCCCUUCAGAGGCGAGACCAAGGGCACAUACACCAUCAACAUCUACCAGCAGCAGCCCAAACACAGAAACCAGUACGGCCAGCUCUUCGAGGUGGACCCCACCAAUUACCGACAGCUCAAGGACCUCAACAUUGCAGUCUCACUCGCCAACAUCACUCAGGCAUAA